CGGUGACCCAAAACGUCAAAAUAGGCAUUUCAGUUUCUUCGGAUUACAGUAUUACGGUCAAUUAAUAUUUGCUCGCCUAAAAUGGAGGCGGCCAAGCCAGUUUCUUGUGGGUAGAAAUUGAACAGGGAUGGGAGUGGCCAUACACCUGUCGGACCUGUUUCAGACGCAUGACCCUUACGGGAUUUUUCCUCUCUCUGCGUCCUUUGUUGUACCAGCGUACCUGGAACCGUAAGGAAGGAUGUCCGAACCAACGAAUCCAGCCGCUACCUCUUUCCCAGCCCCAACUAUCUCUUUACCCCUGGGACUGGAAAUAUUACGAACAUAUUCCGGUGCUCUGAUUUGCUCGGAAAUCGUGUUUGGAGGGCUGGUAUGGAUCUUGGUGGCGUCCUCGAACGUGCCCGUGCCGUUGCUGCAGGGCUGGGUGAUGUUUGUCUCAGUAACCAUGUUCCUCUGCUCUACAACAUACCUCACUGUGUUUAUCACGGGUAUUGCUGACAAAGUCAACACUGACUGGAACUUCUUGGAUAUGCUCUACCACUUCGUGGCUCUUCUCUUCUACUUCGCCGCAUUCGUACUGGAGGCUGCGACAACAAGUGCAAGUCUAAGCGUUCGUACCACAGUCAAUGGGACAGAGUGUUUUGUCGUGCCGAAGGGAGGUAUCGUUACAUUCCUGGAUUUUCGACAGUACAGCAUAAACGUGGCAGCCACAAUAUUUGCCUUUUUUGUAACUCUGUGCUACGCGUGCAGCAUGUUUAUGGGCUUCAAGAGAUGGAGAAUGUAACAGCGGGAGGACGAUGCAACAGAGAGCACUGACCCCUUCAACACUUCAGUACUGUUAUGGGCAUCACACGAAGUGCUGCCUCCUCAUCUUCAUUAUGGGUUUACCACUUUUUCUCAAACAGCAUUAUUUAAAGAGAGAAACCGUCUUUCCGAUUUGUUUGUAUUUAAGCUCCAGACCUAUAGAAAGUAUGUGACGGCCUAUCAUUAAAAUAUGGAUUAGGAUUAUCACUGAUAUGAUAUGGACUAUGUCAUGAAUAUAGAUUAUCGCAGCACUUCAAAGCAUUAUGUGCCAGGUCGAAUAUUUCAGUUAUAGUACUUUUUAAAUCUGUAGAUCACUGUUGUCCAAUGAACAUUUUCAGUGAAAGUUUCCCAGAUGGAACUGGAGAAUACAAAUUAGUGUUUUGUUGUGUCAUUAUUGAUUUGUCAGAUAGUGCCACACAUAACUGUAUUACCACUAACAUUUAGAGAUUUUUGUAUUUGUUUUGUUUGUUUUAUUUUUUAGGUUUGUGUAAGGGAAUUAACCUACUAAUACACACCGGUAAAUUCUGAUGAAGUGUCUGAGCUCUCAGAUGUUCAUAAUCUCACUGAUACACAAGUGAAGCUUAAAACAAUGUAGAUUUAAGCAUUUGUUCCUGUGGUUUUACCUGAGGAAAUAUAUACAGCCCAUUCAAUCAAACUGUUCCAUUAACCUUAAAUUAUGUUUGUUUAUAAAUAUAUCAUCUGUUCAUUUUUUAAAAUAAACAACACUUCAUAAUUGUC